UUUCAGCUCCAUUUUAAUUCUGAUCCCCAACCUUCUAAGGUUGUAGAGCAGCAAGCUGGUAAUUACAAUUGCCCGAGAGUGUGGUGGGACAUACAACCCUGAAAUAACAACCCUGAAAAGCUCGAGGCAGGGAGGAUCCGAAGUUCAAGGCCAACCUCAGCCCCUAUAACGAGUCUGAAGGCAGCUUAGGAUAACAAGGUAGCCUGUUUCCAAAAAGCUAAAAGUGAGGCCCUUGCCUUUCAUCCGGGUGUUCAUGGGUCAGAGGCAGAUGGAUCUCUCUGAGUAGGUUGUCUCAAAAACCUAACAAGAAGUUCCUUAAACAGAAGCAUUUCCCCUGUGGUCAGAUGUGCUUAGCACUGCUCAGUUUGAACCUAACAACCUAGCCGCUACUACCUAUGAGCUUGUAGAGCACACCAUCCCCUGACCAACUAAGGUUGUUUGGUGUUACAGGCAAUACCCUUUGCUCUGCUUUGACCCACACCAGGCUGGGGAAAGCCUUCCAGGGACCCAACUCAGCCUUGAGAUUGCCAGCAGACACAACAAGGGGUAGGGGCACCGUAGGCAGGAGCAGAGCCAAGCAGAUAGGCAGCCCUAGCCUGCCACUAGGGCCCUUCACAACUCUGAACUUCAGUACUUUUUCAUAUGGACCCCACGGUAGUGCUCAUUACCGGUUGCUCCUCCGGAAUUGGCCUGCACUUGGCUGUUCGUCUGGCUUCUGACCGGUCCCAGAGCUUCAAAGUUUAUGCCACAUUGCGGGACCUGAAGGCCCAGGGACCACUGUUGGAGGCGGCCAGUGCUCAAGGAUGCCCUCCUGGCUCCCUGGAGAUACUGGAACUGGAUGUCAGAGACUCGGAAUCUGUGGCUGCUGCCCAGGCAUGCGUGACUGAGGGUCGAGUGGAUGUACUGGUCUGUAACGCUGGCCGCGGCUUGUUCGGGCCUCUGGAAGCGCAUGAACUGAACGCCGUGGGUGCUGUGCUGGAUGUGAAUGUGCUUGGAACCAUUAGGAUGCUGCAGGCCUUUCUGCCAGACAUGAAGAGGCGCCACUCAGGCCGUGUGCUGGUGACCGCGAGUGUGGGAGGCUUGAUGGGACUGCCAUUUCACGAAGUGUACUGUGCCAGCAAAUUUGCACUGGAAGGUUUGUGCGAGAGCCUGGCGACCUUGCUGCCGCUCUUUGGAGUUCACGUGAGCCUCAUCGAAUGCGGGGCAGUGCACACAGCCUUCUAUGAGAAGCUAGAGGGCGGCCCAGGCGGGGCUCUGGAGAGAGCGGAUGCCCAGACCCGCCGCCUCUUUGCGCACUACCAGCGUGGUUAUGAGCAAGCCCUGAGCGAGGCGCAGGACCCAGAGGAGGUGACAGAGCUCUUCUUGACUGCAAUGCGAGCCCCGCAGCCCGCGCUGCGCUACUUCUCCACCAACCGCUUCCUGCCGCUGGCCCGAAUGCGCACAGAGGAUCCAAGUGGCAGCAGCUAUGUCGCGGCCAUGCACCGCGAGGCCUUCUCUGAUCUGCAGGCCCAGGAGGGUACCAAGGCUGGGGCCCAAGUCCCAGGGGACCCGGAUAUGGCCUCCAGCACCCUCAUUUGCCUCCCUGGGUGUGAGACCCCUAGGGUGGCAUCUGAAUUGGGGUGGUCUGCAUCGGAUAAACCGGGGCAGGACAAAUCAUGUUACCAGCAAAAGAUCUAAGCCAGAAUUUCUUUUUUCUUAUUUUAGAAUGUGUUUUGCUUUAAGACAGUGUCUUACUAUGUAGCCCUGUCUAGACUAUAACUCAUAAAGAUCCACCUGCCUCUGCCUCCUGAGUGCUGGAACCUUAGGCGUGUGCAACCUCACACUUCUCAGAAUCAUUUGAAAUAUUUUCAUGGGUUAAUAUAAGAGGACUGAUAUCCAAGGUGCUAGGUUUAGGGUUUUUUCUUCCAAUAAAUUUAUUUAUUAAUUAU